AUGGGCCUUUCACCGCCGCCCCUCAUCUCCACCCUCAACGGCACCGCGGCCGCCGCGGCCAGGGGCGUCAAAUUCGGCGGCCAGUACGGCGACCGCGGGAUGUUCCGCAUGGGCGCCGUCGGGCAGCAGCUCCGCCUGGCCGCCGAGACGCUGCAGCUCGAGGCGGGCACUCCGCAGGACGCCUCGGCCGCCGCGGCGGGCGCGGUGUUCGUCCUGUCCUUCGGGACCGACGCCUACGCGCGCCUGCUCGCGUGCGGGCCCGCCGAGGCCGACGCCGCAGCGCCCAAGCACGGCCGCCGCGGGCUCGGGCGCCUCCUCGCCGACCGCAUCGCCCGCGCCGUCUCAGAGCUGUACGAGGCGGACGUGAGGAGGGUGGCGGUGAUGGGGGUGGCGCCGCUGGGGUGCGCGCCGCGCGUCAUGUGGGAGGGGCCGCGCGGUCUGGGCGGCGGCCGCGGCUGCGUGGAGGAGGCGAACGAGCUGAUCGAGGGGUACAACGCGAUCCAAAACAGGGGGUUUACUGGACAAUACCGAUCCGAAAUAGGGGUUUUAAUAGAAAAUACUGGUCGCGAUUAUUAAUUGCAAUCCGAUUCAGGGGUUUUCUGCAAAGAUGCGUAAUGGUGUUUUCCGAAAAAUGCCAGGUAGCAGGAGCAGCCGCCGGCGCCAGCCCACAGGCAUCGCCGUCUCCGGCAACCUACGCAACCGUCGGUCGGAAUCGCGGCCUUUCAACUGGAGCCACCCUCGCCGCCUGCCCGCAAGGGCACCAGCCCACCAUGGACAUUGGACAAGGGCAAGAAGAAGAAAGUGGCUGAUGACGAGAAGCCAUGGAAGGUGAGCAGUCGGCCGGCCUGCGGCGUGCUGCUCUCAUCACCCUAGGUCCUGGCCGCCCUCAUCUGUUUUCCACCUCGAUCGCCGGCCCUCACCACACGGCCGUGGCCGGUGACAUUGUUUCCCCUA